AUGGAGAUCGGAUCGGGGAAAGAUGGGGAGGCAGAUGGAGGAGGUGUCUAUACGAUCGCGGUGGUGGGAGGAGGCGGGGUGGGCAAAUCUUCCCUCAUCCGUCGAUUUAUCGAGCGGGUAGGCAACAAAAGGAACGAUGAAGCGGAGGAAGCCAUAGUCAAGACGGAUGAGGGCGAAGGAGACGAAUACGAACCCACUCUACGCGAUGAGUACACCAUCCGCAUCCACCUAUCCGCUCAACGCUCCUGCGUGGUGACGUUCAUCGACACGGCGGGCCAGGAGCAGUACGUGGAGGCGCGACGCGAGGCCAUCGGCUCGGCCCAAGGCUUCCUCCUCGUUUACGACGUCACCCAGCGGAUGAGCUUUGAGGAGUGCGAGGGAUUCGUUGAUGACGUUUGCCGCGCGAAGAACAAGGACUCGCGAGAUCUGCCCAUGCUCGUGCUGGGCAACAAGAACGACCGCCCCGCCGACAAGCAGUCUCUGAUUGCUGUGGCCGAGCAGGUGAAAACUGAAGACUUGCAAUGUUUUGGCGAUGACAUCGGCUGCCCGUGGCGGGAGGUGAGCGCCGCGGACGGGAUGGGCGUGGAGGAGGCGCUGCGGACCCUGAUCGAGCUGAUCGACGUGAGCUUCAGCCGGGGCAAGGAAGGGGUCCUGGCCAUCACACCCAGCACCCUCAAUCGCUGGAAGAAGUACUGGUUUGUGCUGAAAGGCGACGAGCUCAACUACUUCAAGAGCACCAAGGGCAUGCCGAUCUUGUCCAAGCCCAAGGGCACCAUCAAGUUGGAGGGCAUGAUCGAAGUACGACGAGCGCACAAGGAUGUGGGACGCGAAGAUGCCCUGGUGAUGGUCAUGCCCACCGGCACCUUCUACUUCGGAGCCAAAAGCAGGAAAGAGAGGGAAGAAUGGCUCGGCGUGCUGAAACGGCACGUGCGAGCGGUGAUGAUGAAGAAGUUCAACUUCCCCUUCGAAGGGGAAACCGCGACGGAGAUCGGCGAAAGCUGCACCAGCGAUUUGGACCAGGGACGAUACCUCACCACCACCGCCGGCGAGCGCGCAUUGCUGUUCGAGAGCUCUGGCAAGAUCAGGCGAUCGAAGAAAAAGAGCACCAAGGCGAAGAGCGGCGAUCUUUCGCUGAGCAGUGGCGACGUGCCGACCGUGAUAGACAAGAUAAGCAAGAGAGAGAAGCAAGAGAAGAAAGAGAAAAUGAAGAAAAAGAACGAAGAGCGAGAAGGCAUGCCGCUGGUAAGAGAGGACGAAGAGGAGGAAAAGAACGAAGCCAUCGAUGUCUUUACCAUAGCCGUGUUGGGCGGUGGCGGAGUGGGCAAGUCAUCACUCAUCACACGAUUCCUGGUCGAUGAUUUCUAUGGCGAGGACACCGCCGACCCAACGUUGCAGGACGAGUACUCGGGCCGCAUUGUGAUCGACAACCGCGUGGUGACGUUCAUCGACACGGCGGGCCAGGAGCAGUACGUGGAGGCGCGACGCGAGGCCAUCUGCUCGGCCCAAGGCUUCCUCCUCGUUUACGACGUCACCCAGCCGAUGAGCUUCGAGGAGUGCGAGGGAUUCGUUGACGAUGUGUGCCGCGUGAAGAAUCAGGACUCGUCCGAGCUGCCCAUGCUCGUGCUGGGCAACAAGAACGACCGCCCCGCCGACAAGCAGGUUUCAACUGAAGAGCUCCGGAAGUUUGCCGAUGCUGCGGGGUGUCCCUGGAGGGAGGUGUGUGCGGCAUCGGGAGACGGCAUCAAGGAGAGCCUGUGGGCGCUGAUCGAGCUGAUCUCCGUCAGCCGGAGCAACGGCAAGGGAGGAACGCUGUGGCUCUCGUCCAGCACCAACCCGCGAUGGAAGAAGAAAGACGAGCUGCGCUACUACAAGCACUCAAAGGACGUUCUGUUCGGUAAGCAAGCCGGAGGUGUGAAACUGGAGGGCAUGAUUGAGGUAAGAAGGGUGGGCAGCGAGGUGAAGAGAGAGCACUCACUUCAGAUGGUCACCUCCCUCGGCACUCUCUUCUUCUCUGCCGAAUCCGAGUCCGAGCUCAAUGCCUGGGUGGACGUCCUCAAACGCCACGUGCGUGCUGUUGGGAUCCGCAAGUACAACGUCACGCUCCACCCGGAGCGGGGCAAGGAAGGCAGGGACGGCGAGGGCGGGCCUGUCGCGAUGAGCGACCGAAACGAAAGCGAAAGCGAAAAUAAGAACGAAAGCGACGUCGAGGGAAGGAAGAAAAAGCAGACCUGGGCCGCGGCGGAAGAUACCACCAAUACGUCGAGCAACGACUCUAGUGCGAGAAAGGAGCGCCAGGAGAAGCGAAACACGCCGAGCAAGAUGCUGAUGACGUUCCUCCGCACCUCGCUCGCCAAUCUCAAGGAGGGCAGCGGUGACGCGACCAACCGACUGGACAGAAGCCCAAGCUCAGGCGGCAGCAGUGACGAGGCUGCAUCGCCGCUGUCGGGCAGUCCGUCGUCGUCGGGUCGCCGACGCAGCACGCUGUCGCUGGGCCGCAAGAGCGGAAGCAUGUACGCACCGUCUCGAUCGGCUCCGUUACCGGCCGUCGAGGAGCGCCAGCGGAGCCAGUCGGUCGCUCGGCAGGACCACGGCGAUGGCACAACGGGGUCGGCGACCACCUCACUGCCAGGGUCACCGCAGCGAGCCGCUGUAAAGAAGGAGGCGACGCGGCGGAAGGCAAAGAGCGAAGACGACGACGAGUGGAAGAAUGUCUUCGGCGCCGAGAAAGCGAAGACGGGAGAAGCAAAGAACGAAGAGAAGAAAAAGAACGAAGGCGAAAAGAGGAAACAGAAAAACGAGGACGACAAGAGCGAAGCAAAUGAGACGAGCGAUCUGGCUGCCUCCAAGACUCAAGUGGUGACCUCUCCGCGACACAGAAAGAAGAAGGAAAAGGAAGAGGAAAAGGAGGAGGCCGACAGCCACACCAAACUAACCAAGAAGAACAAGAAGGCAAAGAAGGAGAACUGA